UUAUAAAUGAGUUUACGGAGUUACCUACGUGUAUUUCAAUAUACGGAAAGUGAGGCGGUGUAAGUAAACUACAGAUCGAACUUGAUCGGAACAAUAGUAACCGGCAGGAUAUCGCUCAAAAACAAGACAUUUCUAUCGACGUUUCACUCCACGCAGUCGUGGAUUAAUUUUGAUACAUUGGAUUUUUUAUUUAUAAGUAUAUGUACUUACAGUUGUACAUUACAGAAACCCCUAGAUUGAAUGAGUGUGUAAAAUGCUGGUGAUUAUGAAUUCGUUCUAUUCUAUUGGAAAUCUGUGACUUUGCAAUCUGUAGUAGGAAGUCUUUAAAAAGCGAUAGUGUACUAGUGAUAUAUAAUUAUAUACCUUACAACGGCUGUACCUUUAGUUCAUUUCGACUAAAAAUCAACGAUAAAGGACAAAUGUGUUCUAGUUUCCUCGUUUUCGGAUUUGUGCCGAAUUCUGUGGCUGCGAAUCUUGGAAGCCGAUGAUUGUUAAGCGACAAUAUGUCUACAUAUGAGUACAGGAACUCUCAUCGAGAAUAUGUAACCAAACUUCGGAUUACAUAACCAUGGCAAAUUGCUAUUUUGUAUUCAAAAGGGAAUUAAUUCACGUGCUUUUCUUGGUUGUUGUGUCAGUGGCCGCCUUUUCCUACAAACGGCAAGUACCCCCCUCCUUUCUGGACACUGGUCGCCGCAACAUCACCGUGCCUAGGGGAGGACUAGCGGAGCUCAGAUGUAGAAUUAGAAACCUGGGGCCAAAAGAGGUAGCGUGGCGGAAGCUCUCCAUGGACUACCCCUUGACCGUGGGCACGUUUGUUUUUGAGAAGGAUGACCACAUCAGCGUGGAUCACCAGGAUAUUUCUGAUGACAUAGCGGAAUGGAAUCUCAUCAUCAAGAGGGUGGAGCCCCGCCACUCUGGAACGUACGAGUGCCAGAUCAGCUCCACCAGAGUCCUUACCUACCAUGUGCAUCUACACAUACUUGAUACUUCUGUAGAAGAUGAAUCAGCUAUUGAUUUGGACGGUACAAAGUAUGUAAACUUAAAUGACCCUAUAACUCUGACAUGUAAUGCCACAUUUGGAAAGGAUGCCCUGUCUAGCGUACAGGUGGACUGGUUCUUUAAUGGUGAGAUCAUCAAAUCGGGCGACCCCCGGUGGUUAAACAGACUUCGAAUCGCUCAGUACAUCACAUCUGACGGUCGGACCAUCGUUAGUCAGCUCCAUAUAUCCCAUAGCCUGAAGAGAGACGAUGGUCAAUAUGUGUGCCGGACGAUAAACUACAUGAACGGCCGACAAGAGACGGACAGCAUGGACGUCAUUGUCCUCAAUAGAUCCACAGCGAAUAAAGACAUCUCAAAAAGAACUUAUAAAGUUGGGGUUCAGGAAGCAAAGGGAAAGGAAGUGGCCGGGCGGUCUAAGGGAAAUACUUCUGAUCACGUGAGGGCUUCAUUUGUCAUGAACAUAGUGCUGUUCUUGAUUGUGGUUUUAAGGUGAUAGCAUGGACACCUAAACACUAAUUCACGUCAUGCGCACCAUGCACGGAGAGACCAGCAUUUUCGUGGAGCGAGGACAAACCGUGUCCAUGGUGACGGGUAUCAAUGUUGUGAGUAUCACUCAAGGCUGCUUUCACAGAGAACCUGAUGAGAACAUCGUGUCACACCCCCAGACCGCCAAGGUGUGUAAAUCUGUUGAGACGGAUUUGGUAGAUUUCACAUAUCGUUCAUUGACGUGAAAACUUCGUCCGUCCAUCCUGUAAAUGUGUUUACUAUGAAAAUGAGAGCAUGCGCACGAUAGAAAGAGAGAGAGAGAGAGAGAUUAUUUUUCUAAAAUAUGUGAAUAUAUGCAUGAGUAAAUGUUUUCAAUCUCUUUUGACAUCACUUGUUUAUAAUAUGGUUUUGUGAAAGCCUUGAGAAUUUCCAAAGACAUGGUGAUAUUUCUAUCUGAAAUAAAAAUCACAAAAGAUAAUUGUACACAGGAAGUGUAUGUAGAACUGGAAGUGUUUACGAAUUUUCACUGAUUAAGUCUUUAAGUUACAAACAGAACUAUUUUAAUCUAUGUUCAGUUGGUAGCCGACUUUUUUGACCAAGACAAUUUUCGUUUUUAAGGCAUUGUGUGUUCAAUUCGUGCUAUGGUUGUUUAAAAUUAGAUGUAGAUCUAUUCACCAAACAGUGAAUAAAUAAUUAUUUGUUGUUCAUCUCAAUUAGGCGAUGUAUUUCACAUCAUGAGUAUUAUACUAUUUUGUGAAUGUUAAAAAUGAGUAAAUUAACUUUAUAUUUA